CGUCCCCUGAACAAUACACUAAAUAAAAAAUGGCAGCGAUGAUAAGAGCAAGUUUUGGGAAGGGCUCUGCCUUAUUGACCAAUAAUGCUGCCCUACUGUCAAGUAGGCUUCAGCCAGUGGUGGUCACCCAGCUGUCACACACCAGCACCAGAAGUCAAACAGGAGACAUUGCUUACAAGGAAAUGGAAGAGUUCUGGGAAAAAAAUAGGCGACUGAACCGACCUCUUUCACCUCACCUUAGGAUAUACAACCCAGAACUGACCUCGAUGCUGUCCCUUUGCCACAGAGCAACUGGGAUUGCCAUGGCUGUCACUGUUCCUUUUGUGGCUGCCACCCUUCUAGGACUGCCAGGGGAUUUCUCCUCAUAUAUUGAAUACAUUAAGGACCUCCAUCUGAAUCCAGCGAUCCUGACGGCAGCCAAAUACGUGCUGGCCUUCCCUAUCUGUUAUCAUUACAUCAAUGGCAUCAGACAUCUGGCUUGGGAUUGGGCGAUUGGAUUUGAUCUGAAGACCACCUACCAGUCUGGUUACUUCGUUAUGGCGCUGGCUCUGCUGGUGACUGCAGGCUUUGUCCACCUUUUAUAAACUUUUGUUUAAUCUAAAGAUGUUUGAGAUAACAUCCAUCUAUAUAAAUGUAUAUGUUGACAAUGCUUUGAUGUUGACAGUGCUUUUGUGAAGUUGUGCAUAAUCUUUACUGCAUUUCCUAGCUGUAUUUCCAAAACAAGUUAAAAUAAUAGCACCUUAUUUACACUAUAUUUGCUUUGAAGAUGGAAGAUGGGUGUUUUCCCAGUAAGAUUAAUACACUGAAUCCUAGCUGUGAGAUAAAAGAGUGCUUCUCACUAUGUACUAGUAUGUAAAUGCUUUUAUAUUGUGUAACACAAAUGUACAUGUACAUUAUUAAAGAUGAAGUAUUUAUUAAAUUCAGUUUUACUCUAA